GCGAGACUCUUAGUAAAGAUGGCGACCGUGAGGAGCAGAAGAGUGAAAACUGGACGCUUUACCCCUAAUAAACACCGUUGGUCCAGACAUCGUAAACAUUGACGCGGGAGCGAACGUUAAUCGACCCCUUUGUCCGCGACAGUGCGCUAUUUGGUGCUGUUUUGUGUCGUUGAAGACCUGGCUCCUUUUCUUUUCGGGUAGGGCUGUCGUUGCAUUGGAUAGCUCAUUAGCUUCAAGUUGGAAAGCCAAUGCUAGCCGAGAGCUAGCCGUGUUGCUCCAUCGGCUGCUGGGAUCUCACUGCACGGCGUUCAUGGAUUGAUCGCUUCUACCAGUGUAAACGCUGGGCUCCAUGUAUCUAUUUCAAGUUAUAUUAAGAAGAUAAAAGCGCAAAUGACUCACUUGGAUUAAAAUACUUUUUUUUUUUUGAGGAAUAAGGGGGCGCACACAACCUGGCAUUGCGACACUGUUUUGAGUGUCGAGUUUGCCGUCAUGUAUUUUCUAACCGGCUGGCCCCGAAGGCUGCUUUGUCUGAGGAGCGAAGAGGAGCCCUUCCACAUCCAGCCCAGUUCCCAGAGGUUUUACUUCGCCGUGCUUUCAGAGACACAGCUCGGCAUCUGGUUCAGUCGGCCCAGUGUUUUGAUUGUCAGCUAUAUCGAAUCGGCAAAGGCGGCGGCCCAGUUCGGCUCCUACCAGAAGGCAGAAUGGAAACCAGACGACUCCAUGAUAGCUGUGGCAACUGCCAACGGCUACAUCCUCUUGUUCGAUGUGUUGGGUGUCGGGGACGACAAGUCCCUCUAUGAGCCUGUGUAUCCAAAAGGAAGUCCUCUUGUGAAGGUGACCCCGGGUUAUAAGGAGGAACAAUGUGCCCCCGCUCUGUCUUUAGAGAUGAAGAAGCCCGUGGAUCUGGAAGCCCCCAUCACCAGUCUGCAGUCCCUACAGGAGGACUUGCUGGUGUGUACGGCAGACGGAUACCUCCACGUGCUGCACUGGGACGGGCUGGGCAGCAACGGACGUAAGGCUAUCUGCCUCACUACGAUCCCCUUCUCGCUAGACCUGCAGUCUGCUCGAGGUGGUCCCUCUCUGGACCUGGAGGGAGCAUAUAUCCGUUGUAUGGAGUAUUGUGUGACCCUGGACGGCUUCGCUGUGGUACUGAGUGACGGUCGCCUGGGCUUUAUCACACCGCUCAGCAACAACAUCACAGCAGAUCAGCUGCAGGGUGUCUGGGCAGCAGACGUCACUGAUGGCACCUGUGUGGCUGUCAACAACAAGUACAGACUGAUGGCCUUUGGGUGUGCCAGCGGCUCAGUGCUGGUUUACAUGAUAGACACCACUACAGGGUCCAUGCAGCUCUCCCACAAACUGGAGCUCACUCCGAAACACUACCCAGACAUCUACAACAAGACAGGCCCAGUCAAGCUCAUCCGUUGGUCACCUGACUUUAGCGUUGCCAUGGUUACAUGGGAGUGUGGUGGCCUAUCGCUGUGGAGCGUCUUUGGAGCUCACCUCAUCUGCACUCUGGGCGAGGACUUUGCGUAUCGUUCUGAUGGUACCAAGAAGGACCCAAUUAAAAUCAGCUCUAUGAGCUGGGGAGCAGAGGGCUACCACCUGUGGGUGCUCCCUCACAUACAGGAAAAGAAAAGGCAGACGGAGGAGGAGGAGGAGAUGGACUCACCUCCUCAGCCCUCGCUUCAGGCAGGCAUACUUCAGUUUCACUUCAUCAAGUCUGCCCUCACAGUGAACCCCUGCACGAGUAACCAGGAGCAGGUGUUGCUCCAUGGUGAAGACCGCCUCUACCUGACCUGUGGUGACCCCACACAGGUCAACAGCACCUCUGACACACACGCGCACACACAUCUACACCCACGUGAGGGCAGCCCGAUGCACCAUCCCCCCAACCCAGACUCCUCUCUCUCUCAGGGACUCAGCACUUUACUGGGACACAAGCAUUGGCACGUGGUCCAGAUCCACAGCACAUACCUAGAGAGCAACUGGCCUAUACGGUUUGCAGCCAUAGACUCAGCAGGCCAGUGCAUGGCUGUAGCAGGGAGGCGGGGCUUUGCACACUACUCCUUAUACACAAGAAAAUGGAAGCUGUUUGGAAAUAUUACACAGGAGCAGAACAUGACAGUAACUGGAGGUCUGGCGUGGUGGAAAGACUUUGUAGUGGUGGCUUGUUACAAUUUUACAGACCAGCAAGAGCAGUUGAGACUCUAUCAGCGCUCGACCAACCUGGACAACGCCUUCGCAUCCGUCACAAAGCUGCACUCAGACACUCUGCUGCUCAAUGUCUUCAGGGACAUGGUCAUCCUAUUCAGAGCCGACUGCUCCAUCUGCCUCUACAGCAUCGAGAGGAGGAACGACAGUCCCCACCCGACAGCCAGUGUGGAGUUGUUGCAGGAGGUGUCGAUGUCUCGCUACAUCCCUCACCCUGCCCUUGUGGUCUCCGUCACUCUCACCUCUGUACGCACAGAGACCGGGAUCACAUUGAAAGCACCGCAGCAGGCCUGCAUGGCAGAGAGCAUCAUGUUGAACCUGGCUGGCCAGUUGAUCAUGCUGCAGAGGGAUCGUUCAGGACCGCAGGUACGAGACAAGGAGACGCCCGCCAACAACAAGAAGCUGCUACCAUUCAGUCCUCCUGUAGUACUUGCCCAGUGUGUGGAGAAUGUGUGGACCACCUGUCGCUCCAACAGGAAGAAGCGCCACCUGCUGGAGGCCCUUUGGUUGUCAUGUGGCGAGGCAGGCAUGAAAGUCUGGCUGCCGCUGUUUCCCAGAGACCACCGCAAGCCUCACACCUUCCUCUCCAGGCGCAUCAUGCUGCCUUUCCACAUCAACAUCUACCCUCUGGCCGUGCUGUUUGAGGACGCCCUUGUGCUCGGGGCGACUAAUGAGACUGUGCUCUACGAUGGGCUGCAGGGAUCCUCCGAGCCACUGGAGGCGCUGUUCCCCUUCUGCACUGUAGAGAGGACCUCUCAGAUCUACCUCCAUCACAUCCUGAGGCAGCUGCUGGUUCGCAACCUUGGUGAACAGGCUUUGAUGCUGGCUCAGUCGUGUGCCUCCCUCCCCUACUUCCCCCAUGUCAUGGAGCUCAUGGUUCACGUCGUGCUGGAAGAAGAGGCUACGUCGCGGGAGCCCAUCCCCGACCCUCUGCUGCCCACCGUGGCAAAGUUCAUCACAGAAUUCCCUCUCUUCCUCCGGACCAUUGUCCACUGUGCCAGGAAGACCGAGUAUGCCCUGUGGAACUACCUGUUCGCUGCUGUGGGAAACCCUAAAGAUCUGUUUGAGGAGUGUCUCAUGGCUCAAGACCUGGACACAGCAGCCUCCUAUCUCAUCAUACUGCAGAACAUGGAGGUUCCAGCAGUGAGCAGACAGCACGCCACUCUUCUCUUCAACACAGCACUCGAGCAGGGCAAGUGGGACCUCUGCCGACACAUGAUCCGAUUCCUCAAAGCCAUUGGCUCUGGGGAGAUGGAGACUCCGCCCCCCACACCCACCACUCAGGAACCGAGUUCAACCGGAGGUUUUGAGUUCUUCAGAAAUCGCAGCAUCAGUUUGUCGCAGUCGGCCGACUCUAUCACUACAGGCAAGUUCAACCUGCAGAAGACUUUCAGUAUGCCGACUGGACCCUCUGUUAAAGGUCGGGAUGUGGAGUGUGCAGAGAACAUGUACAUUGACAUGAUGCUCUGGCGUCAUGCUCGCCACCUCCUCGAGCAGGUACGCCUUCGCGACCUCGGGUGCUUCUCCGCACAGCUUGGUUUUGAACUCAUCGGCUGGUUGUGUCGGGAACGGAACCGCGUGGCCCGCGUCGACGACUUCGUUUCGGCAUUGAAGAGACUCCAUAAAGACUUUCUCUGGCCCUUCCCUGUUAACCCCGCGGGAAGCCUCAGCUCACCCCUGAAGAACGGACGCUGUCGCACGGUUCUGAGCACACGGCUGUUGAAGUCGCAGUCAGCUGACAGCCUGCUGAACAGCGACAUGGACACAGCACCCACACAGGCAGCUCCAACCAAUCACACGUGGCUGGACGGGCUCGGCCAGCGACCCAAAGACAUGGACACGGCCUCUUCCUCACACUCCAACCAACACUCACCACAGACACACGAUGCGUUCCUGUCCCUGCUCACAAACAAAGUGGAGGAGUACAGCGUCGGCUCGGCCACAGACCUGACAGAGACCAGCUCGGUGGUGGAUGGUGAUUGGACGAUGGUGGACGAGAACUCCUCCACUCUGAGCCUGAGUCAGGCCGAGCUUGAGCACAUCUCCAUGGAGCUUGCCAACAAAGGCCCUCACAAGUCACAGGUGCAGCUCAGGUAUCUCCUUCAUGUGUUUAUGGAGGCGGGCUGUUUGGAGUGGUGCGUUGUGAUUGGUUUGAUCCUGCGGGAUGCAAACGUCAUAAAGCAGGUGAUCGGCUUCCUUGACAGCCCUGAGGUUCCCCAAGAAACUGUACAGAGUGUUCGACACGGCUUAUUGGCUGUGGACACGUGGGCCUCCACUGACUGCCUGGGCUACAAACCGUUCCUGAACCUGAUCCAGCCACAGCUGCAGGAGCUGAUGGACUCAGCAGCAGGCGAGCCGGUGCAGCCCGAGGCCUUUCAGCCGAGCAGCCAGAGCUCCAAGCUCGGCUGCUCUGAAGUCCCGGGAGGUGCGGCAGCACCGCGGGCGGAGGACAGCAGAGGAGCAGUGUCUCAGCUCGGCUUGGCUCUGCCCUCCCUCGAGCCUGCGGGUGGUUUUUCUCGCCCCCCCUCUGAGGACUGUCCUCCUGAGCAGACAGAGGAGCAGGGAGAGGAGGAGGGAGCCUACGACUGCACCUUGUCCUGAAGCCAGGAGCCUCCUUUGGACUCUUAACCUGUGAACUUUAGAGCCUCAGGAGGAGAGUAGAAAAACAGACUUUAUUUUGUGUGGGUGUGUGCACAGAAAGUACCUCUCCUGCGGGUUCUUACUUCAGUCAGUAUUAUCCACUCUUCAAAUGUGCCCUUUGUGUCGACUAAAACUCCUGUGGACACUUCGCUAUAGACAGAGCGACACUACCUAUCAGCAAAAAGACACCAUCCCUCGAUGAGAGACAACAACCAGUCUGAUGGUUCCUUUCCAACAGUCCCAAUUUUACCGAAAUAUGCCGACAAAACCACCCAUGUCAGUCCGUGCGUAUAUAUAUAUUGAGUUGUGGUGGUUUAGAAGCUGUAGAGCAGCACAAAAGGCACCAAGAUUUUUUUUUUUCCAAGAAAGACAUUUUUUUGUGUGUGUAACAUUUCUUUGGCACUCAUUCGAAUGCAACUGGAGACUUUGACCCGACAAAAAAAAAACUAUUUUCAGUUUUAAAAAAUCAGUUCAGAGGCUGUGUGUGUGUGUGUGUGUGUGUGUGUGUGUGUGUGUGUGUGUGUGUGUGUGUGUGUGUGUGUGUGUGUGUGUGUGUGUGUGUGUGUGUGUGUGUGUGUGUGUGUGUGUGUGUGUGUGUGUGUGUGUGUGUGUGUGUGUGUGUGUUGUGCUCGGUGUGUGAGUGUUUGCGCGUGUCUGUGUGAGAUCAUAGCCAUCAUGCUACAUCCCCAGAACAAAGCUCUCUAGUCAUGAACCAACAGUGUGUCCGAGUAAGUGUGCUGUGUGGAGAGUGGGUUUCAUACUUUCAUACCUCAUAUGAUUUUAAAAUAUUUUGUGAUACCUUUUUCAAAAAAAUGUAACAUUGUACAAGAAAACCUUAUUUUUCUAUAAAUACCACCUUGUCCCUGACAAAAAAAUAAAUCACUCAUGGUAUGAAUUCUGUGUAAUUCUAAUGAAGCUAUGACCUUAAGAUUUCUAAGAAAACGACCUCUGAGAAGAAUCCACUGAUGUGAGUGCAGACCAGUUUCUUUACCACUGAUUAGUUACUGAUCAGUAACCUGAUUAGUUAUUAGUUGCUAUGGUCCAGUCCCCUGAAGGUCAGAUUAGUGUUGCGCCUACCUGAGGUGAGCAUGGUCAAGGCUGUAGUUAAUGCAGGGAAGGGCUCAAACAGACGCUCUAAAAAAACAAAACAAAUCAUGUGACACUUUAUCCGGCUUUGAAACACACAUUUGGGUUACAGUCUCCAUGUUGGAGAUUUAAAAAAAAAAAAAAAUGUGUUGUGUAUCAUCAGCAAGGCAGAUUGUGUGAUUAAAUCCAUCCUGUUUAUUUAGGUUGAUCUUUUAUUGUGGAACGUCAUUCAUCCUUUGUGAGAAGUAAUCAGUAUCAUGUCAACCUCCUGAUAAACCUAAACUCGAGGAGCCCUCUGAUUGUGGUGUGAUAAUACAUCAGUACACAUGGAAAAAAACACUUGAUUGCUGACAUUGUGCUAGCUUUGACAAACAUUACAUAUCCUGCUAGCAUUACAUAGUUGUUAGUGUGUCGGUGCAUUUACGAGCAUUCUCGCUGAUGCAGCAUUUGAGGCUGAAUCGGAGGUUGAUGCAGAAAACUGGUUUUGGUACCAGAACACCUCAACUCGUGUCAGGACUUUUAAGGUCACAUGUCAGUACCUUCAAACAUGUAUCUUGCCGUGGUUGUGUAAUAUUAUUCUCACAACUUAAGGACUUCUACUUUCGUCCAGAUCAACAAACAUAUCACAUCCCUGUACCGCUUGAGACGAUGGUCGCUGUUUUUUUUUUGUUUUUUUUGUCACAUGCAUUUGUGUUCUUCUGUGUGGAUUUCUGAGUGUGUGUACCACACUGUGUUGACAUGCAGUUUGUUUUUAACGGUAUUAGUCCUCAUAUUUACCAUUAUUUAUUGGCAUUAUAGCUGAGUGGUAAUUAAUGAAUUGAUGCUUAGUUUGUUUAAAUGACUGAUAACCCCCUCCCAUUGAGUUAAUCAAAGUCGUGUAUUGGCUCUGUACCACAAGCACUAAACGGUUAAUCACAGACAGUAUUAUAAUGUGCAAUGUAUUCAAAUGUUACUCAGCUUUAUUUUUUUAAUGUGCUUCACUUCCUGUCUUUUUAUUUUGCUCCCAGAGUUUUCUGCUUCUGCUUUUCAUGAUCGACCAAAUCAUUUGUAUAGGUGAGGUUUCGCUGCGAGAGGACUUAGGUGUGUGGUUUCAGUUCAAUUUAAAUUCUUCAGAGCUUUUUUUUUUCGGUUUCUUUGAACACUUUAUUCAUCAAAAGGGCAAAAUGACUAUGAAGCACAUUGUUGUUGCUUAUGUAAACAUGAAUCCUGUCGCCCCCUUUGUCUCCUUUUUGAACAAGCCUACAGCUCCACGACGUUGCUGCACUGUGAGCUUUACUUGAAAACAGUAACACGAUGAACCAAAGACUUUACGUCCAGAGGCCUUCUGUUUUAACUGUUGGACUCAUUAUGCAUAGGGGGCAAAAACACACAAAACCCUCCCUGCCAUUUGAAACAUAAACAUGAAUACUCUAAACUAAUGCUGACAGCAUACAAGACAGUUUCCUACGGAAAUGAAUAUUACAGAUCUUUUCUGAGCAGGCGGUCGGGUGUUUCUGGUGGUACUCGGGUGUCCCGUUCACUCAGAGGUGGACGGCGCUCCCUCCCCUCCUCCUGUGUACAGUGUAAAAGUAUUUCCUGUUUCCUGACUCAGAGUGAAGUUUUAUUUCUGGGGCGAGAGCAGCAAACAUCCUCAAUGCAAUGUAAAGAUGCUCUCUUGUACAUUUGCCUUUUCUAUUCAGUUUUGGUUUUCUACUUCAUUUUUUUCCUUGUACAUACAGACCAAUAAAUUAUUUUUAAAAAUG